UAGCGUAUCACGUGACCAGUUAUGGCGUCCUACUGCUCUGCAACAAGAUCUGGACUGGCCAGCGUCCUGCGACGAGUGUGCGCUUUUGACCCGUGCAGGUCCUCCUCGGCGCUGCGACUGCGUCACCCGCAUAGGCGCUUUUUCUGGAGGAAGUGGAUGAAAUCCCACUCGCACAAUGUCGUUCGGCCAGCUACUGUCAAGCCUGCUUAUGCCGUACCCAAGCACAUUGAACGGCCGGAUUAUGUCGCAAAUGGACUCGUCCCAGAAUGGCCCGACUAUAUUGAACUAAAAAACGCAGAGCAAAUCCAAGGCCUGGCCAGAGCGUGUCGCCUUGCUCGACAUGUGCUGCUGCUUGCCGGACAAAGUCUGAAAGUGGGUAUGACAACAGAUGAAGUCGACUUCAUGGUACAUCAGGAGAUCGUCCGGCACGACGCGUACCCCUCCCCUCUCAGAUACGGAGGCUUCCCAAAAUCCGUUUGUACUUCAGUCAACAACGUGGUGUGUCACGGCAUACCUGACAGUCGGCGACUUCAAGACGGCGACAUUAUCAACGUCGACGUGACUGUGUAUUUGGACGGUUACCACGGCGAUACGUCGGAAACCUUCUUGGUGGGCGAGGUGGAUGAGGUCGGGCGGCGAUUGGUGGAAACGGCCAAGCUUUGCAGAGACCGUGCCAUCGCCGCCUGUAAGCCGGGAGCGCAGCUUUGCGUUAUCGGAAACACCAUCAGCGAAAUAGCUCAGGCUAACGGAUUCCAAGUGUGUCCUUAUUUCAUUGGACAUGGAAUCGGCUCCUACUUUCAUUGCUAUCCUGAAAUCUGGCACCACGCCAACGACAAUGACGUGACCAUGGACGAAGGGAUGACUUUCACAAUCGAGCCCAUUCUGAUGGAGGGGUGCGCGGAGUUUCACAUUCUCAAGGACAAGUGGACGGCUGUGUCUGCAGACGAUAAAAGAUCGGCUCAGUUUGAACACACGGUGGUUAUCACGUAUGACGGAGUGGAAAUUCUCACCGAAUUGCCGGAAGAGGCCCACAAUUGAGGUUUUAGGGCGGAACUGUUUACUUGGACAUACACACACAAGGAAGCGCUAUGUCAAUAAAGAUGAAUUGUCAAAUAAAAAGGA